GCCAAAGUUACUGGAUUUUUGUAAAAAAUUAUGUUUUUGUGGUUAAGUUUAAGUUAACGGCGUAACGAGUUUUAUGUUUGUUUCUGUUAAUUUAUAAAAAUAUACAAUGAACGAAGGAAUAACGCUCGAUAAAACCGAGGAUCUUUGGAAGCCGUACAAAGAUUUGAGGAAUACAAUAUGCAGGUAUUUCAAUCAGGCUUCGGAUGAAUUGAAUACGACCGAAUUCGAAACUGCUUUGAGAAGGCACAAGCAAAACUUCAUUUCGCUCCUUCAGAAUCCGCCGAAAAAUCCUAAAGCAAGAGAAGCACUGAAACAAGCCAUGGUAGAUGGAAUAAGUGUAAGAGGCAUAGGCCAUCAAAUAAUCACCAAGGAGUUAUAUCAAGAAUCGAUCAUUCUAUCCGAUAUGUUUCACUUAAACGAACUAGUAGCUCUAGAUCUACUAUGCACAGCUCAAAUACAAAUGUCCUUUUACCCCUCGCUACCCAGAGGUUUAGUGGCUGUUUUGCUGUACUACGAUGGCCGAAAAGCCUUAGUAAACUCUCUAUUGUACCUUGUACAAGCCCGAAGCGGUGUACAAUGGACCAUCAACCUCAAUCCCAACGUAAUCGCAUACAUUACUGACUACACCAAUCAAUUGUUAGAGGCCGGUUUGUUCAAUAAGAUAUUCGAUUUACUGAGAUCCUUAGAUUUGAGCAAAGAACUGGAAAUUUUACACGCUAACUUAGCUAUAGGUGGACCAAAGCACAGGAGACAAGUCGUCGAUCUUUUCGAAAGCAUAAAACGCAUGUUAGCGGAAAUUGUGUUCCUGUGGGCCACACAAAGCGGUUUACCGAAAACUGUUACUAUAAGUCUCGUAAACCAUCUGAGAGAUUGCAAAAUUGAGGAAGAAGCUUCCGGCAAAGUGGACGAUGUCAAUAUGUACUUGGAGAUGGCGUUUCUCGCUGCUCUAGACAUUAGCGUUUUGUAUUCCAGAGAAGAUGGAGAAGCUGCGGUACAAUCGCUACCAAUAUUCUCGGAUUCGAGCUUCAUACCCUCUAUAGUCGAGGAGUUUUCAUUGUCAAAGUCCAAGUGGCUAUGUGAAGGUCUUCAAGCUCUAUCUAUGUUCGGAGUAGCGAUUUGUUUGAGCACUCUUCGUGACAUUCCGCAGAGUUUUCGCUACCAAGAAGCUAUCAAUAAAGAGGACGCUCUAGUAGACGCCGCCAUCGAAAUGAACGUUUUCACGUUCCUCCACAACGUGUUCUUGGAGAACAAAACCCUGUACAAAGAGGAGUUUCUGUACAAACGCAUGCACAAUUUGAUAGCCGCUUUCAUAUUCUCGAUGUAUCCCAAAGUCAAAGAUAUGAAGAUGAAAGCGGACGAAAUCGGCAGGACCAUGCAGGUGUACAUCAGAGAGGGCCUGGAAGUCUCCGCUAAUCUGCCCAGACAUUUCGAGUAUCUGCUGCUUACUGUGGGGAAAAUUUACGCCAAUGACACGUUGAAAGCGGAUUAUAUGCUGAAUUAUUGGAGUCCUAUCGAAAUCAAUGCGAAUCAACAGAGUUCCGUGCGAGCGGCGCCUAGAUGCGUGUCUCUCUUCAAAUUUAUUAGAAUGGCCGGCGAGGUGAUUCCUUCUACUCUGUUUGUACCGUACGUCACUAUGCUCAGCGGUUUGUCCUCUUCACAACAGACGGCCAGGCACUGUUUCAACAUGCUAAAACAGGUCGGAUCGCACGUUUCGGCCAAUUUAUCCUGGGAUCACUUUUUCAUGUCCUUCUCGCAGUACUAUAACAGUCUGAGACAAGAAGUACCAGUACAAGCUGAUACAGUGUACAUGAGCAGACCAACCUAUCACAAAGCCGUCACUCAACAAGAACUCGAAGGCCUUCACGCGGUUUUGCUGUUAAUUCGCACCAUAGCCGAGCACGACGAGUUUUCUCGAUUGGCCUUCUGCGAACAUCCCGGCUGGUCCCCGCUGACCAAUUUGUUAGGCCUCAUUUGCUGCUCCGUUCCGAUACCGCUUAAGGCCGAUUUGCUGCUCACUCUGGCGGCCUUGUGCAAAAGCUCCGAAAAUGCCUCACAGAUGUGGGAGAAUUUAGAGGCUUCGCAGAUACUGGUUACCGUACCGUCUACAUCGAGUUACGCGCCUAGAGGCAUUCAAACAGAACUAGAAGAGAUCGAAUCGCGACUCGAAGAAUACCCUCUAACGAAAGCCAUCCUAAAACUACUAGACGAAUUGACCAACUUUGGUAUACCUCGAACGCUGGGUGCCGGUCCUCGAGAACCCGGUUUCGAGCCCUAUUUGUCGUUCAUUAUCAACUCGGUGUUCCUCAAGCAUCACUCGCGAUCGUAUCGCAACGUCUCCGAUAAAUGGGAAAUAGCCCUUUUGUGCACCAAGCUUUUCGAAAAGUUUCUGAACCAAUACGAUCCGUCGCCGGGAGAGUUUAACAACAACAAAAACGAACCCGGUUACCAUUUGAUGUUGCAACUGAACAGCAAAUCCGAAUUAUUCCGGGCCAUCACCAAUUUGAUAUACGAGGGUAACAGAGUGUUCGAAACGUACGUUACGUACUCCGGAGAGAAUAUUAUUCGCGCGAGCGUUCUAUCAGCGUUAAAAAUCGUAAGAAGAGUGCUGGUAUUGCAACCGAAGUUCUUCAGCUUGGUCGUUUCUUCAUCUUCUACGAUGCUAACCAGUAUGAGCAAGCUGUUGUUUUCGAUCAACGCUGUUACUAAUAAACCGGAUCAUUGCGUCAAUAUCAUGAAGUACGUUAUUUACCAGCAAUCGAUGCCCGAACACAGUUAUGUGGCUGUUAAGAUUAUGAAUCACAUAACCGGUUCUUGUGUGAUGCAUAAACAUUUCAUGAACAUUCUGUUGUCUACUGAUGAUUGUACGGAAAUCAUGAACGGUUUCGUUAAGUGCUUGGACGCGUCGAGUUCUAGCGACGACGAGUGCGCAGAUCUAGUAGAAAAGACGAAAAAAGAAAUAUUGAAAUUAUUGAAGCAAUGUUUAACGUACAAUCCGCCGAAUUUGUCCUUAUUCCUACUCGGUUUCGAUCUGAAAAGGGACGUUUCAAAAACCGAGUUUCAAUAUCCGGGAGUGCUCGGUUUCCCGCGCACGUGUUUCCACUCCGUUUUAUGGAUGAUGGAUAAUAAUACCUUUGAAACUCCAUCAAAUUCGCUAUUAGAAUCUGCCUAUCAUUUACUGUACCUCUUAGCUUCGGACUCGAAGACCUCGGGUCCUAUUUUGAGGUUCAUCCGGCAGGAUAAAACCUUUUACAGAGACCGAUUGACUGAAACUCGCAAUAAACUCGAUCGAGGUGGUUCGGCUGAAUUCGGUCAACUCACGUGGCUUUUAAAAGUACUCGCGAUUGAACUGAAAGUACUAAGCCAAUUGAAACAAGUGAGCUAUUUGAAACAGCUCACUAAUUUCCUAGUGAAUUUGCCGCCCGACGAAAGCAGCGUGAACAGAGACAUGUUCGCCAUGGUGCAGGUUUUGGAUCGGAAAUUUACGGAUAAUUUGAAAAUGGAUAAUUUCUUGACGGAUCUGAUCAAACACUUCGAAUUGAACGCGCCUGCUGUAGAGAUGCCCCAAUGGGAGUACUUUAACAAUAACGUGCUCAAUGAUAUAUUGAAGAGCUGUAGACAGGACGACGGGUUGAUCGAUCUGAAGAAGCUGCAUCAGAUUUUGUACGACGAGUUGAAGACGUUGCAAGGGACGUCCGUGAUGGGCCAAAUUCAGGCUAUAACCCAAGAAAUACAAAAGGUGUUGCGAUACGCUUUGAAGUUAAACGAAAGAAACGAAACUUGCGCUAUAAUUACCCGUUUUACGGACAGCUGGAGGCAAAUUACCGAAGUUCUACUGAUCUCUACACCGCCUGAGAUACUCUCCACGACCGAACAACAGAUCGUCAGCAUCGCUCUACUUAGAAGUUUGCUCAAAAACGUGACGAAAUCCGAACUACUGCCGGAAGUGUGCCGAUUGUUGUCGGGUUGCGUGGUCAUACUAACGGACAAUUUGAACAAAUGCUAUUCGAGGGAGAAGAAGAUCGAACGCUUCUCGAAAGACAAAGACAAGGAAAUGUUCGUCGAUGUUUUGAAGUUGUACUACACGACUCUAAAGGAGAUUUUAGAGAAUUUGAUCAGCUGGAUCGUUACAUCGGACGUAGUUAACUGCAAAUUACGAGUAAACUUAUACACGGCUUUAGUAUCAUUCCUACAACUCACCUGCGAGGAUAAGAAUUUGUUCGUCAAUUCCAUAGUUCAUGUCAUGCCUACCGAAGUACUGAACACCUUUGGAGAUAAAUUAAUCGAGAUAAUUUGCCAGGAUUGCAUAGGCGGUCCGGAAAUAUGCAAAAUACUGGCAAUGUCGUGUUUCACUCAUCUAACAGUACUCACCGGCCAUGUACAAUGCACGCUGUUGUUAUCAGGUAGAGGAUAUUUGAAGCACAUUAUCCAAAGCAUAGCUGACAGCGAAGACGAUUUGAAAAAUAUCUUAGAUCCUCGAGGAGUCGAUAUAAAACCUUUGUACUUGUACACAGCCAAGAUGUUGCUGUUAACCAGAUUAGCCGGUAAUAAAAUGGGAAGCGAGUUGUUGUUGGAACAGAAGUUGCUUACAGUGUUUAGUAACAUGACUGUGUUUACCUAUCAUCCGGAGAUAUCCAAAAUUUGGGACUCGGAUGGCAUACUGGAGGAGUUCUUACCGCCCGCCGAGAAGAUUUAUUUGGAAAUUUGGUUACCUACGCUGCACAUUUGCAACGCUGUACUCACUACUUUGGGUACUGAAAAUCAAUCGGCGGUGGCUCAAAUCAUGUAUUUUCUUUUGAGCCACGUCGAAGUCGUCGAGUUGAUUUUGAGGUCAGGUUGCGUCGAAAUAGCUCCAAUGUCUCUUAAAGAAUUAGCCUUGCUGACAUCGAUUUUAGCCCGAACGACCAACACGCAUCUACUAGAUAACAGAUCGCAGUUGCACAGGAUCCACAAAUUAAUGUUGAGCCUCCUGCCAAAGUUCAUACUGACCGAAGGAACCGUACGUAACUUAACCGGUAGUUUGUCCAACUUGAAAUACCAAACAUCCGAUCGAUUGUUGUACGUCAUGCAAAUCAUCUCGAAUUUAUUGAGCUAUUCGAAGAACGUUUGCUCCAACUCCAAUCCCCUAACGGACGAUGCCUGGGUCGUAUUUUAUCCGACUCUAAACGAUCCUCUAUUGAGCAACGUCGGUUACAGAAACUUGUCCAACACCAACGAGCUGGAACCUUCGUUGGGCGUCGUCGUGCAACAGUUAAUUAGCACGGUGAAUUUCCAUCGAGAGGAAAAAGUCGUCUGCAAUUUAUUGAAGCGGAAGCUCGACGAAGUGCCCGACAUGAAUUCGGCGGAUUUGAUGCAAUUCGUCGACGAUGUCGAGGAGAUCGCCGAUCUCAACGCGAAAAAAGAGAAGGCUUUCGUGGCUAUAUCGGAGAGUUUGGAUAAGAAAACGAAGGUGAUCGAUUACUGUUGCUUCGUGAUCGAAUGCUCGCUCUAUCUGAUUUGGUCGCAUUUGGAUUUCUACAUGUUGAAGGCCAUACCGAAGGUGAAGAGCUUCGAAUAUUCGGCGAUGCAUCCCGGCUUGAAGUCGGACGGUACUCUAGCGUCUGCAUCUGAAGCUACAUGGAAGGUGUCCACCGAUACGAUCAGUAACUUAAAGCAGGGAUUGGUGUCUUUAUUUAACGACAGCUUCACCAAACAGCUAUUAGAAACGACUCACGACCGUUCGACUUCCGAUAAAGGAUUCAUCGAAGCAUUGUUGAGGAAGAUUAAGAGGCUCGUUCAAUUCGUGCCCGUUAAGUAAUAAUUCAUUUAUGCUAUUUUUUCGUUUUUAUAAUUAUAUUUGUAAUUUAA